AUGGCCGCCCCAGCGGAGAACCAGCAGAAUGCUGCAUCCCAGCAAAUGCAAGACCCAAUUGUGCAGGUCCAAGAGCCAGAUCAGGGUAAAGAUUCCCAGUCUGUGGCGUCAAACUUGGAUGGAGCUGCCAAUGCGGCCAAAGGCAAAAGGAAGAGGGUUGCAAAAGGGAAAAAAAAUGUAGGUGAAGAAGGCAAUCAGGAGCCUGCUUUCAAGUGGACCGACAAUGGCAUUGAAGCUUUGAUUGACGCCUGGGGACGGAGGUAUGCACGUCUGAAAGGUGGAAACUUUACAGUCCACCAUUGGGGGGGCGUUGCUGAAGAUGUGAGUGCCUUAAGCGAUUGUCAGGUCACAGCCCAGCAAUGCCAAGACAAGCUGGACGCACUCAAAAGGAAACACAAGAAAGCAAAAGAGGAUAAGGGGAAAACAGGGUCCGACGGGAAGGUGGCCAAAGGGUGGAAGUGGUUUGAUCCUAUGGACGACGUGAUCGCAGGUCGGGCAAAGUCUGCGGGUGUCCCCGGUGCUGUGGAUGCAGGCGUGCCAAAAGUCCACGCGGAGAAAGUGCAGAUCAACUCGGACGAUGAGGGGGACCAGGAGGAAGAGAACGGGGAAGACAUCCCGGAGAGAGUGCGCUCCGGCGAGCCGGAGCAGGAUGAUUGGGAGGCAGAAGAUGAGCGUCCGCAGAAGGAUGGACCAGAGGCAAAUGCAAAGGGCAAAGUCUCCGCUGGCAGGACCGCAGGGCGCAAGAGCAGUUUUGGCAAAGAGGAGGGCUCCGUAUCAAGCCCCCGCAGCAAAGCAGCCAGUCUGCCUGGCGUGUCGGGGCAGCCUGUGGGCGGAACUGGCGGGAGGAAAGGACGCAAGUCAGGCUACUUUCCGCCAACCGCCCCUGCGCCGCGGCCAUUCAACGCCCCUUUAGGGGGUUUGAACCAGUUCCAGGCUGCGGGGUCUGUGCCCCCGGCAUCCAGCACCGGGCCCUUAGGGAGCAACCCCGCCCCCCCGCCGUCCUUCAAUGACGCCGCUACUGAUGAGCAUGCAACGAGCAUGGGUCCUGGCGCUGCUGAUGAGCCUGCAGCAGAUGCUACUUGA